GACACGUAGGGAAGUUACAGGUGGAGCAGAAAGCUGCUCCCGUCAACAUCGACGACUCUGCUAUUCUUUAACGCAUUUAGUCGUAAAUCGGCGUCUGCACAAGCAAGGCCACUUUAAAUGACAAGGAUUCUUCACGUAGUCUGGUGGAAAGACGUUUUUUUUCCUUGGACGAGGAAACUGGACAAAACAUUGUGUUGCUGAGAGGCCAUGUACCCUGUAGACCUUCCAGCUGUGGAGGACACUGACCUGACAUCAGCAUCUGAGGAGUACCUCUCCUUCUUGGAGUCAAGACCUCAUGAUAACGAGUGGUUUCAAUCAUCUCAGACUUCCAAGGUAGCGAUAACGGCAAACCAUGUGAGGCGGCUGCAGCUGUUUGAGGACGACCAACCCGACUGCACGCUGCUGGCCCUCCACCCUCCUGAUGAUCCAACACAAGUGGUGGCUCUAUACCUGCAUGAGAAGUGGUGGCGCGUGGACGACGUCUUACGCACUUCCAGCAAGUCCAGAAUCGGUUUGAUUUUGGUGCAGUCGCUGACGGAGAGAGUGAUUGUUUUCCUGCUCAGUCAGGUGGUGGAGAGGUCCUCACAGGAGAAGGCGUUGUUCUCCCUGCAUCCCCGCACCGAGAGCUGCAAACUGCUGUGGAGAGAUGGCCAGGCGGUUGGCUUCUACACCAUCAAACAGAAGGGCAGUCUGUGUGACGGAUGGAGCAGUCUCUGCUACCUGCUGCCUGCUCUGGACACGGUGCUGGUGAGGAGGAGCUGGAGGAGGAGAGGCCUCGGUCUUCAGAUGCUGGCAGAUUUCUGCUCCUCGUUCUCCACAGAGAAGUUUCUGGGCGUCAGCUCUCCGUUAUCCUCCGGCAUGGUGGCAGUGUGCCGGAGCUUUCUGCAGCAGCACAAGGAACAUCUGGAGCAUCUGUAUGAAGUGGAGGCUCCAGGGGGCUGGACUCAACGAAGGAACAUCUGGCUCAGCAUCCAGCUGGGCCGCUACUCCCACGGUGCAGGUAUUAAUGAGGAGAGCAGUCCAACAUCAGGGGAAACGCAGAGGAAUCAAGAUGACUCCUCUCAGAAGAUCUUCAGUUGCAGACUUGACCGGACCUCAUUGCCCACCUGUAAUGUGAACCCCCAGCCUGCAAUAGGCCCUUCAGCACAACCAAUGAUAGCUUGUGAUCCAAGCCAGGGGAGAAGCUCCCCAAGCAGUGAGAUCUCUGGAACAGGAUGUAGUCCUGCAGCCCACGCCCAUGAUCCGAAUUCUGGACCUCCCGCCAGACCACCACAGUCCCUAAACACACAACAAACUCAGAAAUCCAACCCUUCUCUCUCUGCAGGAGCUCACAGAGAGAAGCCAGAGGGGGAGGAAACACAAAGCAGGGCCAAACGAGUCAGGAGGACAUGAGGUUUUACAGACACAGGCUACAACAGAGACUGUUCUUCCAGAUUAAGGGGAUGAUCCGUCCUCCUAAACUUAGGUGACCUUUAUUUAUGGAGUAAAGUUUACGGACCUUUUUAGACCGAUGUAUGGAUAAAUUGACAGCACAGUACAAUGUGAGUACUAUCACAAAGUAUGCAACAAACAGUUUUAAUGCAAUAAUACAAAUUGUCUGUUUCCUUUUGAUGUAAAGGCCCCGCUCACGCACAGUAAAGGCCCUUGGCUGGUUUAUUCUG